UGAUUCCCCUUCUGCAAUCAUGAAAAGGCGGCAGAUUCGAGAAGUUUAGUUUGUUACGGCAAACACCUUAAAGUUUAGUUUAGCAUUCCCUAAGAUCCUCAUUGAGAUCCCUCGUGUUUUUUAUGUCUUAAUAAUUGCCCCCUUGUGAGGUUGAUCUUCUAUUGUUAUUUUCUUGCCUGCCAUCUGUGUUAAACAUUAUUUAGUUUCAAGGAAUUCAAAGAUGGUACAUAGAUUUUUGAGUGUGGCAGAUAUUUGACUUCUGUUGGGGAGCUUUAUUGUCCCUUUUUGCUUGAGCUUGGUUUUGUAUUUAGGUCGCUCAUAAAAUAUAAGUCAAAAUUCUUCUUCUCUAGGAGUCAAUACUCCUCCCUAUAUUAAAUUAUAAAAUAUGGCUUGGGUUAGUAAAUUCUGGAUUCUUACUCCUUUGAGUCCUUUCUGAAAAUAUCUAUGUUUAAUCUGCAAGUAGCAUGAAAAUUAUGAAACAUUUCAAUUAUGGAGUUCUAAAUCCUUGGAGGCAGCUUGCCAGAUAAUAUCAUCGUUCGUAGGUUAUUUAUCAUUCUAAGUCACAAAUUACAGUCAGUUCUACUUCUGGGUGGCAUGUUCAGGGAAUUUUUGGAGUCAGAUCGUUGAUUAUCUAUAAACAGCAUGAGAGUAUAGUACCAUAGGCAGAGAGUGAAAUUUCUUAUUCAGAAUUUUGUGUGGGUUUUGACUGGUAUUUUGUGCCGAGGAGGUAGGUGAACUGUCCAUUAAAAAAAAAGAUGUCUUUGGAUUCUCAUAAUAUCAUGGAAAGUUAUAUAUAUAGGUUGUGAACUUUAUAUUAAAAUGUCCAUGCCAUGUCACAUAAUAUGGUUAUAAGCCCUCUUCGGCCCCCUACUCCCCAGCAGCAAAAGUCUCACCUCAUUCUCGUAACUGUAAUGGUUGACAGACAUCAUCUUCUUCAUUCCUUCCCCACUCCUCCUUUUUCUUUCUUAUUUCUUCCCUCCUUGGUGGAAAAUAAAAAUUGUCGGCAACCUGUAGCUUUUAAGUUACUAUUAUGGGCGUUGCUAUCCUUGCUUGAGUUCUCUUUGUUGUCUACUCCGUUUAUAUUGCAGUUCUUGAGUAUAUUAUAUAUUUUGCAUGGAACAUUGUAUGCUAUUGCCUCCAGAUUAAUUAAUUCGUGCACUAACUAAUUUCUUUUAUGUGAAUAUUUAAUGAUAUCUUGAACAUGGUAUUUCUCUAAAUAAAUAUGUCCACACAUAAAUUUAAUUUUAUUAUAUGCUGAUGUUAAGGACCUAAGGUAACAACCCUGUUGAUAUAAAAAAUGAAGAAUUACAUUUCAUGGUAGGGUGAUAUAUAGUUUUUUGUUGGUCAAGAUAAUGCAAGAUAUCAAAAUCGACAAAGCCUAAUCUCAACUUUUUGAAUAUCUUAAUGGACCAUCCUUUAGUUGGGAGUAUCAUUAACACAUCAAUGCUAUCAUAUUGCAUUGUUAUUCUAGUCAAAAUCUUUUAUUUUCUUUUAGGAAAGGCUGAAAUUUCAAGUGAUGAAAUAUAUAUAUAUAUAUAUAUAUAUAUAUAUAUAUAUAUAUAUAGAGAGAGAGAGAGAGAGAGAGAGAGAGAGAGAGAGACUAAAAGGUGUAAAACUUAACUUUUAUAAUAGUUACAAAUAGUGGAUAUUUCUCUGAAUUAAAAAUAAAUAAAUUCUGUCACAUAUGUAAAUAUAUAUAAAUUCAACUCUAUGAAGCUUUAAUCUCAACUGUCUGUGACAUGAAUCCGGCUUUGCCAUUCAACUUAAUCUAAAGCAACAUUCUCUGUUAAAUUCUUGGCAAUUGUAUGUUUUAAGAGGCUGAAGGGACAAAGACACAGAAAUUUGUGAUUUUACGAAAUCUUUAUUAUCUAUAUUAAUCUAAAUAUAGGAGCUAAUUGCAAAUUGUGCAUGUAUUUUGUUUUCACCUUGCAAAGUUGAGGAUUUAUGAAUGUUGAAUGUUGUAGAGAAGUAGGGGGUCUGCAUCAUGGUGACAGAACUCUUUGUUCCUACUGAACCUUUAUUGUCGUGGUCCCUGUGACUACUUUAUGGUCAAUUUGGUUAAUAUCUUUCUCCUAUGUUCACUAACUAUGCUAUGAACUUUCUAUUUAUGGUUUGGAACUUAUUGGGUCUAUAUCUUUUCUGGUUGUUUUAAGUAUGUGUAGCUUAAUAAGGGCUUUCAAGCAAGAAGUUUAUGAAUAUGUCUGGUGUCUAAAUUUUGUUCUGCUGCUGAGCAAGGAUGUUUAAAGAAUGGCUCAAUUGUUUUUACUCUUUUCCUCCUAUCAUUUAGUUUGGGAUGUUAACCGACUAUCUUUCCAAUCGGCUGUUAUCUGUUUUAUUCUGACCACCAACCAACUCAAGGGAAAUUUCUUGGCUUGGCCGUAAAUCUUAGUUUAAUUGGAUGGUUAUGCAUCUCUCUCUCUCUCUCUCAAUAUCUAUGUUUUGGUUAGGAGAGUUUUUUUUUUUUUUUUUUGUGUGUGUGUGUGUGCAAGACUUCAUUCAAGGAUUCCUCUCAUGUGGUAUUGCUAGGGCAGUAGGUUAGUUGCCAGAUGCAAAUUCUCCAUCACAUUAGGUACUCAGGCCACUGGAAGAUGUCAGCAGUGAAACAAUGAGGCAAGUGAAUUGUUACCAGUGCAUAGUGCAUACAGUUAUUGUGCGGGAUGAAAAUACCUUAUUUUCUGGUUUAUUAUCGUGGUUGGGAUUAAGGUAGAGGCUUAUUGUAUGAAACAAAUUCAAUCAGAGUCUCAUUUCCUUUAGAAGUACAGCAGUCAAUUAUUGGGGAAAUCUUAGUGAUUGCAUGUGGUAUGAUGCCCAUUGGGAAGACAUGUUCGACAGAUCACAGUUGAGCGGCAGGUUGAGUAUUCAAAUGUUCUGGUUUCUAAUGAAUGGACUACUCUGCGUUUCUGUUCCCACAUCUAAAAUUAAAGAGGUGAUGCCAUUAUCAGGUUAUUUUGUGAGCAAGCUCUUAAAUUUGCCGUCCCAUUAUGCAGCCGGCUAAAUAUUAGUUGGCUGCUGCCCUGGUGGGACAGCAAGUAACAUUGUCACUUAUAUUGCACGUGGAAAUGUGGCCCUUUCGGUAUUGAUGACAGCGGCAAGCACCAUAGCAGCCGUGGUCAUGACCCCGUUUCUUACUUCCAAGCUUGCUGGGCAUAUUGUUGCUGUAGAUGCGGUUGGGCUUCUUAUGUCCACACUCCAGGUUGUGCUUCUUCCAGUACUGGCUGGUGCUUUUCUUAAUCAGUAUUUCCAAAGCCUUGUCAAAUUUGUUUCUCCUUUGAUGCCACCUAUUGCUGUGGCAACUGUAGCUGUUCUAUGUGGAAAUGCAAUUGCCCAGAGUGCUUCGGCAAUCCUUAUGUCUGGUCAGCAAGUGGUGCUAGCUGUUGUUGUUCUUCAUGCGUCCGGGUUUUUCUUUGGUUAUGUACUUUCAAGGAUGCUUGGGCUGUACGUGUCGUCUUCACGAACAAUUUCUAUUGAAGUUGGCAUGCAGAACUCGGUGCUUGGUGUGGUUCUUGCUAGUCAGCACUUUGGAAAUCCAUUGACUGCAGUACCAUGUGCAGUUUCCAGUGUCUGUCACUCGAUCUUUGGUAGUGCAUUGGCCGGGAUCUGGAGAUGCACUAUUCCCAACGAAAUGAAGGAUUAACAUCCUAACGUGGUUGCUGGUAGAUGUUAUUUGUUGCUUCUCUCCAGAAAUAUAGGAGAAGAGCCUUAAAUCGACAACUAUUGGUGGUAAAAUACAAUACUGCAAUGCUGAAAUCUCAGUUUCAUUCACUUCUGAAUGCUGCUGGCGCUUUGAUGGACUUGAAUCUGCAUUGGUGCGAGGUAGGCAGGUAACCGAAGAACGAAACUGGCCCUACUUGUGUUUUUGGUCAAUCAAGUUAGUGGGUGUCCUGAUUUGGUUCAAUUGGAGAAUGUAGAAGUUUUUUGAGGAUAAUUUUGAAUUUUCAAAUAAUUGAAUAUUCUCAUCGAACUAAACCAAACCUUGUAUUUCUUGAGUUGGUUCGAUUUCAGUAAUUUGUGGAUGGUGUAACUAUUUUCUUUUCUGAGCUAAAAUUUGCAAUUUCUAUUUGUGAGAUUUUUCAAAACGAGGGGUUGGAUAAAUGGGUUUUUCUCUAAUAGAAGCCCAUCAUUUAAAAUGUAAAUGAUGUUCCAAAUGUAAAUGUUCCUGAAGUGCAAUCAGAUUCUCUAUUGUACAGUGCACUUGUGUGAAUACCAUUAAAGCUAUGUUUGGGAAUGUUUGAAA